AUGACCUCAACUGGCUAUUCUGAAAGCCGCGAACAAAGCCCCACGGCCUGGUCUCGUCUCGUCUCGUCUCAUAUGUUUUUCUUCGCCGUGCCUGCCUGUGUACCUGUACGCAGAAACUUCCACACCCUCCAAGGAGUCAACCGAGAAACAAUUCUGGUUCGUUGUCACCAUCGGACGCUUCUCUGGCUCUUUCAUCGAAACGGCAACCCGAAAAAACCGAAACCUGUCUACCCCAGACCUCGACUGUUCCACGUUCUCAUCCACUCUCGCCAGAUGGGCGGUGGCAAUUAG